GAUUUUUUGGAUGAUGUGUGGCAGAUGAACAAGUGGCAGCUCUAUUAUCAAGUCCUAAAUUUUGGAAUGAUUGUCUCCUCGGCACUAAUGAUCUGGAAGGGGUUAAUGGUCAUAACUGGAAGUGAAAGUCCAAUUGUAGUGGUGCUCAGUGGCAGCAUGGAACCUGCAUUUCAUAGAGGAGAUCUCUUUCUAACAAAUCGAGUUGAAGAUCCCAUACGAGUGGGAGAAAUUGUUGUUUUUAGGAUAGAAGGAAGAGAGAUUCCUAUAGUUCACCGAGUCUUGAAGAUUCAUGAAAAGCAAAAUGGACAUAUCAAGUUUUUAACCAAAGGAGAUAAUAAUGCAGUUGAUGACCAAGGCCUCUAUAAACAAGGACAACAUUGGUUAGAGAAAAAAGAUGUUGUGGGGAGAGCAAGGGGAUUUGUUCCUUAUAUUGGGAUUGUGACGAUCCUCAUGAAUGACUAUCCUAAAUUUAAGUACGUUGUGCUCUUUUUGCUGGGUUUACUUGUGCUGGUCCAUCGUGAGUAAGAAGUCUGCCUUGCUGUUCCUGGAAGAUGCUGUACUUUUUGUUACUGAAUGUUUGGAGUAGAUGUCGAUCUGUGGUUGGUGGAAUGGAGACCAUAUGUCGGCGCUUCUUGGUAGGACUGGUUUGCAUUAGUUUAUGUUUCCACGCCAGAGUACGUGUGGGCGGGUGUGUGCACCACCACGCGCACUCGAGGGGACUUUCAAUCACAGAUUUUCUUAUGUUGUCACUGUCACACUUCGCAUUUUUGUACAUCAGUGAAUUUUUUAUAUUAAAAGGUUGAGCCAAAAAAAAAUGUCGCUUUUAUACAAAUAGAAUUCCUGGAAAGCAGUAGAAUCUGGAGGAUUUAUCCUUGAGGGAAUCUGCAAUCCAGCAGAAAAGAGGAGUCCACACAGAACAGGUGGUAAGAAAAUAAAAGUGUUCUGCAUUUUACCUCCAAAGAGUUGAGACUCCUCAAACAAACUU